UUCCUACCGGAAGUGCUGACGGGAGAGUUUGGCGGUUUCUCUGGCUCUGCGCUGGCGGCGUUUGGGGGUGCGGAUUGCGGGUGUGCACGCGUGGACUUAAUUCCAGCUUUACAAGGAUCCGUGGCGCGGACGGAGACGUGUUGCUAGUGUGGAUCCUGGGCUUCCCCGGUUGGAAGAUCUGUUUGCAGUUCUGUCGUCUUGAACCUAAUUAGAGGCAUCAUGGAGGCGCCUCCAGUCACCAUGAUGCCCGUCACUGGGGGCACCAUUAACAUGAUGGAGUACCUCCUGCAGGGAAGUGUCCUGGACCACAGUUUGGAAAGCCUCAUCCAUCGCCUCCGAGGUUUGUGUGACAACAUGGAGCCUGAGACCUUCCUUGAUCAUGAGAUGGUCUUCCUGCUUAAGGGCCAGCAGGCCAGCCCGUUCGUCCUAAGGGCCCGGCGCUCCAUGGACAGGACAGGGGCACCCUGGCAUCUGCGAUACCUGGGACAGCCCGAAAUGGGAGACAAGAACCGCCACGCCCUGGUGCGCAACUGUGUGGACAUCGCCACAUCUGAGAACCUCACGGACUUCCUGAUGGAGAUGGGCUUCCGCAUGGACCAUGAGUUUGUCGCCAAAGGACACCUGUUUCGGAAGGGCAUCAUGAAGAUUGUGGUGUACAAGAUUUUCCGAAUCCUGGUCCCAGGGAACACGGACAGUACCGAGGCCCUGUCCCUCUCCUAUCUUGUGGAAUUAAGUGUUGUCGCCCCAGCUGGGCAGGACAUGGUCUCUGAUGACAUGAGGAACUUUGCAGAGCAGCUCAAACCUCUGGUUCACCUGGAAAAAAUAGACCCCAAAAGGCUGAUGUGAUGAAGAAAGUUUGUCCGCCUUUUAGGCCUGUCCCCACCUGGGAGGUGAGAGACUUUGAAAGUACCCUAGGUACUGCUGCCAGCCGGGCCCACUUCCUUCCAGAAGAUGAUGGCAAGAAUUGGUUCCUUUCAACUGUUUCCUUCACUUGGUAAUGUCUCUUUUUUCUUGCAACAGGGUUUUACCAUGGAAUUCACUACGUAAACUAGCUACCCUGGAACUCAGGACCCUGUACUUCCCGCCUAAGCGCCUGCAAGGUCCUUAUUGAACCUGACUGUUCAUCUUCCUGAUAGGCUUUUCCAAUGAAAGACCCAGGAUAAUAUGGAGAUUUGUUCAAGUCCUCCCUCUGCUCAAAAAGAGGGAACUGGAAUAAAUUAGCUUUUCAGAGGAAAAGGUCAAAAAACAACUCACAAUAUUUUGCUUUUUUUUUCCCCCCUUUUUUCUUUUUUUUUAUUUGGGUUUUCGAGACAGGGUUUCUCUGUGUA